UGUCGGGGGAGCUCGACUGCUGCUCUGCCUGGGGACGAUGCAGGACGAGGAGGGCGACGUGGGGCUAGACCCACAGCUCCACAAGGGCAGCCUGUUUGCAGCUGGGAACCAAGCUGCUGACCCUGAGCCCCCAACUCUCCCUGUUCCAGCUCCCUGCAGGCACAGACACUGCUUAGUGGCGCUGGGCGCCGGGUGUAUCUCUCUGACCUUGGCUGUGAUCGUGCUGAGCCGUGUGGUUUCCCACUUGGUAUCUGAGAAGGGACAGACCCCGGCAGCCCCUGGGAGCGACAGAGCCGGGAGCAGAGACCCCAGCACAGCAGAAUGCAGCACCUGCCUAGAGCGUUUCCGAUCCCAGCUCUGCCCCCCGGCCCCGCCCAGCCCAGCAGGGGGCUCCAGGUGCAAACUCUGCCCCACGGACUGGCGGCUGGACGGGAACAAGUGCUACUGGGUCGGCAGAGGAAGUAAAACGUGGAGCGAGAGCCGCGCCGACUGCUCAGCGAGGGGCUCCCAGCUGCUGGUAAUCCGGGACCGGGAGGAGCUGGAGUCCCUACAGGCCCUGACAGGAGGCACGUCUCAGUUCUGGGUCGGACUGUCCGUCCCCUCCCCGGAGAAGGUCUGGACCUGGCUGGACGGCUCCCGGCUGGAUCAGACCCAGCUCCCGGUGUCAGGCCCGGCUGAGGGGAGCAGCUGUGGGGUGCUGGCAGGGAAACAGCUUCAUUCUGAAACCUGCAGCUCUGGAUUUCAGUGGAUUUGCCAGAGAGACGCCGUCCCGCUCUGAGCGGGGCAUCCGUGGCCCGUUAGUAAUG